AUGAUCUCUGCUUACUCUAAGGUGGGGUUCUUUGAUGAAGCUGUGGAUCUCUUCCGUCUCAUGUUAAAGAUGGGAAGAGAUGUGAAACCUAACCAUACCACAGUUGCAAGCGUAGUGGCUGUGUGUGCUCAAUCGGGCUCAAUCGAAUUGGCACAAUGGAUCAAAGACUACAUCAACAGCCGAGGGAGCGAGCUAUUGAACACCCACACAGUGACGGCACUCAUAGACAUGCAUGCCAAGUGUGGCGAUCCAGACAUGGCCUGCAAAGUUCAAGAGCUGGAAGGACAAAGAUGUAGUUUGUCACAGCUCUAUGAUAUCAGGUUUCGCCAUGCAGGUUUGAAUGAUGAGGGAAAACAAUACUUCAAGUCCAUGCAAAAUGAUUACUCAAUUACCCCAACUGCGGAUCACUACAUAUGCUUGGUUGACCUGCUAGGCCGUGCCGGCCACAUCUUGGAGGCUUACCGAAUCAUUGUCGAUGUCAUGCCACCAGUUAAACCUCAUGCCGGUGUAUGGGGUUCCUUACUCAGUGCAUGUAGAGUCUAUGACAAUGUUGAGGUUGGCAAGGUAGCUGGGAAGCAUUUGCUAGAGAUAGAAGCAAACAAUGCCAGUAACUAUGUCCUGCUUUCAAAUAUCUAUGCGAAGGCACAGACGUGGAAUGAAGUGGCCAAGGUGAGAGCCCUCAAGAGGGAACGUGGAAUGAAGAAGCCUCCAGGUGCUAGCUGGAUCGAAUUCAAUGGCAAGACCCAGAAAUUCCUGACUAGUGAUGUUCAGGACCAUCACAUGGAAAUGAUCAUGCAAGUUUUGGCCUUGGAGUUGAAGGCUCAGGGGUACCUUCCUGGCAUGGACCAUGAGAACUGA